AUGGCUGAAGCGGACAAAUUUAACGUAGACGCUGUAAUACAACGAUUAUUAGAAGUUCGUGGCUCUCGACCUGGUAAGAAUGUACAACUGACCGAAGCAGAGAUCCGUGGACUCUGUCUGAAAUCCAGAGAACUAUUCCUCAGUCAACCGAAUCUAUUGGAGUUAGAGGCACCCUUGAAGAUUUGUGGUGACAUCCAUGGGCAGUACUAUGACCUGCUAAGACUCUUUGAGUAUGGCGGCUUCCCCCCAGAAGCUAACUAUCUGUUCCUUGGAGACUAUGUGGACAGAGGGAAACAAUCUCUGGAAACAAUCUGUCUCCUUUUAGCCUACAAGAUCAAGUACCCAGAGAACUUCUUCCUCCUCAGAGGAAACCAUGAGUGCGCAAGUAUCAACAGAAUAUAUGGAUUUUAUGAUGAAUGUAAAAGGAGAUACAACAUCAAACUAUGGAAGACAUUUACAGACUGCUUUAACUGCUUACCAAUCACAGCAAUCAUUGAUGAGAAGAUCUUCUGCUGUCAUGGAGGUCUGUCCCCUGAUCUUCAAUCCAUGGAACAAAUCCGUCGCAUCAUGCGUCCCACAGACGUACCUGACCAGGGACUGCUCUGUGACUUGCUCUGGUCAGACCCUGAUAAAGAGACGGUGGGAUGGGGUGAAAACGACCGUGGUGUCUCAUUUACAUUUGGUAGUGAAAUUGUUUCUAAAUUCCUUCAAAAGCACGACUUGGAUCUCAUAUGCAGAGCACAUCAGGUAGUAGAAGAUGGGUAUGAGUUCUUUGCAAAACGACAACUUGUUACUUUGUUCUCAGCACCAAACUAUUGUGGAGAGUUUGAUAAUGCUGGCGCUAUGAUGAGUGUGGAUGAAACUUUAAUGUGCUCAUUCCAGAUUCUCAAACCUUCAGACAAGAACAAGAAGUUUCCAUACAGUGGUAUUGGAGGUAGUGGUCGACCCGUCACCCCACCCCGAGGAGCCAACAACAAGGGCAAGAAGAAGUAAAUCCCCCCUCCCUCCCCUCACUGAGCUUCAACAACAAAUCACUGGACUCCCAAAUCUAUCUCAUCUGUCCCCAGUUUGAUGACCCUUGUAAUCAGUUUGAUCCAGGGUCACUUUCAUGAUUGGUGUAUUAUUAAAUCCAGCUCUUUGGAUGAUUCUGACUUCCAUUGAGAAGAGCCUGUAGAAGACAUCCUUGAAUGAUUGCAGGCAGAUUUGCUUUGGGAGGACAUCCCAGUGAAUGAACAGCUCUCGUAUUGAUAGCGACAAUAUAACACAAAACCCAAUGAUAUUUUAGUCUUAUUAACCUGUUGACUACUGAAUUCCUGUUGGCUUUAUACAGGGAACACCCAAUUCCAGUUGGCAACAGGUUAACAGUAUUUCUAGGGCAGGAAAAGGGGUAAAAAUCACUCUUUUUGAGUUUAUUUCAUGUGGUAGAACAAAACUGAUGAUCCUGUUGAACAGCAUUUAGAAUUUACUCUACCGUAACCAAAAGGUGUUAGUCAGGUGAUAGACAUUCUACUUCAAAUGAAAACUGCCAAAAGUGUGUUCCUACGCAGUGCGCAGUCAUAUUUAGUGUCUGGUAUAGUGGUCAAAGCAAGGUCAAAUCAUUUUAUUUGUUUUGAUAUGAGGUGUAAGAUAAUCUAGCAAUUUGAUGAUACAAAUGUAGCUUUUAUUGGUUUAUUGUGACUGUGUCAUUGUUAUGUGCAGUUUAGUUGAAAGUAAUCAUUUAAAAUCAUAUCCCACUCUUCAUCAUGAUGGACCUUGAGAAGGAAAUUAUUAAAUAAUUGAUUUGUUUUUUAUUUUUAAUUCUCAUUAUUUAGAUUUGUAGUUUUGUCUGUUACUAGAACAGUACUGUUUUACUACUGUACGGGCCAUGGGUCCAUGUGUUUUUUGUACUGCAAAUCAGUUGCAUGGCCUUUCUUUUAGAGAUUAGUUCAAGCAAUGAAAAACAAAGUCCCCUUGUUCUCUUGUUUAUAAAGUGUAGGAUCCCUCUGUGUUCCUGUUUGAUUGAAGGUCCACCUAACUCAUUCAGGAUUUUAAAAUCAAUACCUGUAAUUCCUCCCUUUUCUGCAUUUUUACUCAGCAAAUAUUUACAUUCUGAUAUGAAAGAGAAAACAAAUCUUAGUAAAAUUCCUGUGGUAGUAGCGGCUUUUUAUAUUUGUGUGCAUACCAGAAGUCGGAACAAGACCAGUAUGUAAUAGCUAUAGACCCAUGGUUGCAUUUUAUGCCUUGCAAGGAGAUAGUUAUUUGUAGUCAACAUGCAUAGUGUUAAUAUCACAAUUCUGCUUUCUACAGACCAAUGAGGUUUGAUUUAAUGCAUGUGUGACAAGCAAUAAAAUUUAACUUUAGGUUAUUUGCUCUCGAAUCCAUGGUUUAACACUUUAAGCAUGGUUUAAGACUGAUUAUAUGUUAGUGGAGCUGAAAAUUUAAUGUCAGAUGUUGAUUGCACAAUCAUCUGCAUGCAUUUGGUUAAUUGAACAGAAGUGACUUAUAUACCUGUGCUUAGAUAUUCAUACAGAAGAUUUUAUGGACAGAGAAAAACAGAGAGAUCGAAAGAGAGAUGUGAUAUGAUCAUAUGAGGGAAUGAUAGAAGAGAGAAAGAACUAAGAUACUAAUAGAGAGAGAGAGGGCGAGUCUCUAGAUAUUAUGUAUGCCUAUAAAUCUCUUUUAGUGUAGUAUUGGUGAUGCAGUUCUGAUAUAUUCACCAUUUUUUCGCCAUCAAGUGGAAGCUCAUGCAUUCAACAAUAUUUUGAGUCUGUCCUGAAUAUGAAAUUGUUGAACGUUUCCACAAGUUCAAUCAAAAUACUUGUAGUUUUGAGUUGAAUGUGUAAUGAAUAAUAUUUUUGACUAAAAAUUUAUAUUUCAUUGAAUUAUUGUUUACUUGUUGCUGUGCUUACACACUUGUCAAUAUGUAGGAGAUAAAAUCAUCUGCAUGCUAAAUAUGAAAAGCAGCAUGUAGGGCCUAGCAGCAUGCAUAAAUGCAUUAUACAAAUGAUGAGAAGGAAUACUGAUCUUGAUUUAGUCACUACUAACAUUUGAGAACCUAUAGGUAGGACCAACAUGUUGAUAUAUAAUUUGUUCACUUUUUGAGUAUGUAGUUGGAUCUUUUUUUCCUACUCUAAUCACUCGUGUAUAACACAAUGUAAUUACAUAAAACAGGAAGUUUGUCAUGUUAUAUAGAACCUGCCUUGUAUUUAAAUGAGAAAUGUAAAAUACAGAUUAUAUUUAAGAAACCAGGAACAUGUACAACUAUCGGAUGAAUAUAAAUACUCAGUGCUGUUGAGAGUUAAAACCAUGUGUAAUGCAAUAGAGCAGUAACUACAGAAUAUCCUCGUAGGGGUGUUACUAGCAAACAUUUUAGAUGUAACAAAACAAGCUGGAAAGUGUAAAAUGUAAGCUUUGAUUUUUCUUUAACUUAAAUUUUUUUUUCUAAAUUAUGUGAAUAAAGCUUUGUCAGGCAGAGCAAUAGUGACUUGGUGUAAAAAUGAAAUUUGUCUUUUGUAAAGCUUUUUCUGCACAUGUUUGGGUUUUUUAUCAAGAGAAUGAAAUUAUUUCUUAUUUCAAUAAUGGAAUCAAAUUAUUGGCCUCUACAAAGUAGUGAUGUGAACACGUUUUGAUUGUGCUUUUUUUGUAUUUGAGUGAUUGAGUCCCUUUAUUUCAAAAUCUCUCCCCUUUUCUGUUCUUAAAGGGUACUGACAAGCAGCCAAUUCAAUUUCUUAAUAUUUCAUCUCAAUUGUUAACAGUGAAUUAUUUUUUUACAGUAGUAUAUUUGGUGCCAUAAUUUCCAUGAUGCUGUCCUUGUAUAAAGAAGGCAAAAUUCAAAUUCAUUACCGUUCAUAUUUCACAGCCUUUGUUUAUGCUAGAAUGGGCUCAAGUGAGGUUUUUAUUCUGCAUAACCAGUCAUAUGAAGGUUCAUUUCCUUUAUUAUGCUUCUAUUAUGUCACUCAAGAUGGUAUACAUUUACUUGGUCCACUUGGCCAUGUGAAAUCAUGCAUUCACCUUUUGUUCGCAUGAGAUGCUGUUUGUUCUGAGUCUUUCAAGGGCCAUCCUUUUAUCGAUCACCAAUGGGGAUCUAGAACAAUCGACACUUCCUGCAAGCAAGGUACUUUUUUUUUAAAUCAAAGAAUGACUUUAGCAGCAUAUGCUGCAUUUUAUGAAUACAACUAGGGAUUUCCAGGCUCUUUCCAUAAGGUCAAGAAGAAAGUGUUUAAGAGGACAUUUUUUAUAGAGCUUAAACUGCAUUUUAUUCAUCUAUACAUGAGCAUGAACUCAUAUUAGGUGCCACAAUGAUCUUUUUAGCCAUCUCUUCACCUUAAAGGCCCAAUUAAUGCAAGUUUGUCCUUUGUUGUGUUCCAAUUGUAUUGCCAAUUUCCCAUGUGUAUCAAUGGUCUCCAAGAUCUUCAUGACCUCCGUACUCAAGGACAAGAGUUAUCUUUAAAAAAAAAACCACAUAUAUAUCCAGUCACAUGUUUAAUCAAGGGUUGUCAUAUAGAGGUUUACAAUUACUCAUGGUCAUGCUUAUAAUGUAUUCCACCAUUUUAGAAACACAUUUAUUUGAAAACUGGAUAUUUGAUGUCUGUUUUUCUACGUGUCACAAUUAUCCAUUGAUCCAGAAAUUUAUGAUGUAAAAUUUAAUUUUUCUUCAUGAGACACAGUUUAACAAUAUUAUUUGGCCUCAGUCUAUAUUAUAGUUCCAAAUGUAUACAAAACAGUAAGAAUUAUUUGAUUGAUUCGGUCUUUGAAAAUUAUUGUUGUAUUUGACAUUUGUCCAUUGGCUCCCUUUCUGAUGACAUGAAUGUAUUUAAUAUAAUAGAGUUGUAAAUCUUAAACAAGCUUCUUCAGAUAUGGAUGUGGUUGAAGUCUCGUUCACAUAUAAUGCAACAAACUACUAAAAGACAUCUUAGCAAUACCAUUUUACUUGAUAAUGAACAGCAACCUUGGUUGAGAGGAGAUGGCAUUGGCAAGUAGUAUCAUAGCAGAUCAUUUCAUUUGUGUGUGUGUGUGUUGUAAGAAAACUAAAUGUUAGGAAGCUCUACUUUGUUUCCCUUGAAUAUGUUUUAAGGAAGUUUAUUGCAUCAUAUGUGAACGAAUCCCAGGUUUUGAGUAUUCCAAGGUAAAUUCCCUUCACCCGAUACCCUAAUAUCUGUUGCUUUUCCGCUUGUAAUAAUAGCUCAGUGUUUCUCAUUCUCAAUCUUGUACAAAUUCUCUUGUAACACUUAUAGACGUAAUGAAAUAAAAACCUAACGUUCUGUUUUGUAAAUAUCUGAUAAA